UUGUUGUUGUUGUUAUUGUUGUCUCUCUGUCUUAUCCCCCUCUUGUCCCCACAGUUUCCCCCUCUGUCUUCCUUUUUUUCCUCUUUCUUUCCCCUCCUGCCCCGGCCCGGCUGCACCAAAUAAUAUUAUUAGUCCAUUUUAUAAAGUCAAAUACGAAUAAGGCAACAAGAAAACAAAAAAACACACAUUGGCACAUACUCUUUGUUUUUGUCUCUCAUGGGAUUUUUCAUACUUCUGACUAAGCUUUGUGCAGCCAUUGGUCAGCCUACUUCCUGUGUGCGUGUGUGUGUGUGUGUGUGUGUGUGUGUGUGUGUUUCCUGACCCUUGUUGUAGUACAAGUGCUUCUAGAAGGAAGGAUAGUCUAUCCAAUUCACAGGCUCCCACCACUUUCUGGUUUCCUGCCUCCCCAGCCAGCUGCUCUGACCCAUCCUUCCCCUCCUGCACUUCUUUGCAAUUUGCCUCACUUCAUUCCCCGUUUCCCGUUUUUUCCUUGUGUUUUCGGGCUGAGCGAUGUGUUGUUCAGUGGGUUUUGCCAGAUCUCUGGGCCUGGCUUUGUUGCCCCUGGCCCUCUGCUGUAUGGUGGCCAACCUGCUGCUCUUGUUUCCAAUGGGAGAAAUGACAUACAUCCAGCAGGGCCGUCUGGCCAGCUACAUCUGGUACUUUGGUGGACUGGGUGGUGGAGGACUGCUGAUGCUCAUCCCGGCAGUAACCUUCAUCACGCUGGGAAAAUGCAGUUGUUGCUGGAAUGAGAGCUUGAUGAUGUGUGGGUCGGUGUUGGCUGCUGUGGUCGGCCUGGCAGGGUCCGGCUACUGCUUCGUGGUUUCCGGCUUCGCCUUGAUGCAGGGUCCGCAGUGUUUCACCUCUCUCGGGUGGUCGUACCCCUUCGCAGAUCAGGGGGGCAGGUAUCUGCUGCAGCCAGAGAUGUGGUCUCUCUGCCUCCAGCCCGUCCGCAUCGUGGAGUGGAACGUGACUCUGCUGUGCGUGCUGUUGGGCCUGGCGGUGCUGGAGUUCGUCCUCUGCCUCCUUCAGCUCGGCAGCGGCGUGGUGAACGCCGUCUGUCGGCCUUGCUGCUACAAGCAGGAGUACAGUUUGAACGCUUAGGCCCCUUCGACACUAAGCCGGGUAAAUCCCACCUAACCUUAUCAUACCUGCCAACUACUCCGGUUUUCCCGUAAUUAGUACGGUUUUCAUCAACCUAUUCCGGGUUACGGUUGCAGUGAUAAAAAAUACGGUUUUUCAUUAAUUAAAUUAGUUAUUUUUUUAAAAGUUUUAUUCAUGAAAUCGCGUAACAACAAUGACAAUCGACACUGCUUCCCGUAACUUCCUAUCGAGCCAUUCCGAAUGCCAUGCGCGAGGCUAUUUAUAGCACGAGGAACCAGUUGCCCAUUGUUUCCAAACGAGCGAACGAUCAUGGAGUCAGCCGGAGAAAAAUCGCAAACGAGUCUUAAACCGAAAAGAAAACUGCGGUCAUUCCGUGAAGAAUAUUCAAAAGCCUAUCCGGGAAUAAUUAUCCGUUCCAAAAAGGGUGAAAACUACGCGAAUUGCUGGUUGCGGGGACACUUGGCCUGGUGGCCCACCUCCUUGUCCUCCCUCCACCCUCCCUUGACUUUGGACUUUUUUUUGGGGGGG